CAGGGAUUUUGCUUUUUAGGGCUGUAGAAACCAGAAUUAGGGUUUAGAGGGGCAGGGGCUCGGUGGCCGGCGGCAGCAUCUGAGGCAGCAGCGUAGCUACUCCAUACCAAAAUGGCUAGAGGGUUGAAGAAGCAUUUGAAGAGGCUUAAUGCCCCUAAACAUUGGAUGCUGGACAAGCUUGGAGGUGCCUUUGCUCCCAAGCCUUCAUCUGGACCUCACAAAUCCAGGGAAUGCCUGCCGCUGAUUCAUAUUUUGCGAAACCGAUUGAAGUAUGCUCUCACAUACCGUGAGGUCGUAGCAAUUUUGAUGCAACGACAUGUCCUGGUUGAUGGAAAGGUUAGGACAGAUCAAACAUACCCUGCAGGGUUCAUGGAUGUUGUUUCUAUUCCAAAAACCAAUGAGAACUUCCGUCUCCUUUAUGACACCAAGGGCCGUUUCCGUCUCCACUCAAUAAGGGAUGAAGAAGCUAAGUAUAAGCUAUGCAAAGUUCGCACUGUGCAAUUUGGGCAGAAGGGGAUUCCAUACAUCAACACCUAUGAUGGGCGGACCAUCCGCUACCCAGACCCACUCAUCAAGGCAAAUGACACCAUCAAGCUUGACCUGGAGAGUAACAAGAUAGUUGAUUUCAUCAAAUUUGAUGUAGGGAAUGUAGUUAUGGUGACUGGUGGAAGGAACAGGGGGCGUGUGGGAGUCAUUAAGAACAGGGAGAAGCACAAGGGAAGUUUUGAGACGAUCCAUGUCCAGGAUGCCACUGGGCAUGAGUUUGCAACCCGUCUUGGUAAUGUGUUCACUAUUGGCAAGGGGACAAAGCCAUGGGUAUCCCUUCCUAAGGGCAAGGGUGUCAAGCUGUCCAUCAUCGAAGAGGCCAGGAAGAGGCUGGCUGCCCAAUCAGCAUCCACUGCCUAAACUGUUAAGAGUAGGAAGAGUACUUUUGGGUGGCUGUGGCUCUACUCAUUUUGUUGUUCAACUUGACUUUGGUUUUUUGAAUGGUGCUUUUAGCUACUUGAGUAGCGCGACAAGUCUAUUUUGAACCCUUUUAUAUUACUUACUAGCUUAUUGAAAGCUUUAUAUAUAUAUAUAUAUAUAUAUAUAUAUAUAUAUAUAUUUCAUUUUGAUUA